GGCUUAAUUUCUCUCCAACACGGUAGGAAGUUAAAUGAGAUGAAAUGUGGAGGACGUUUACUGUGACAACAUGAUUGACAGGCCAGUUUACAGCAUGGUUUACACAACGACAGGUCUUUUACUGUCUAUGGGUGAAUGUAACUAUGCGACAGAGCGUACCGACGCAACUGUAUGACGUCCACGCGUCAUUACGCUCGAUAACGUAGUGCAUCAUGGCGGCGCCCCACUCCACCAUGAAAUUCUGGAAACCCGGCUCGGAGGCUCCAGGUGUGUGUGAGGAGAGGGAUCUGUGCUCUGAGACCACCGGCUCCCCCAUCAUCUAUAACCCCCACACAGCACUCUCCAUCGAGAAACAGAGGCAGAGGCUGCCCGUCUUCAAGCACAGAAACAACAUCCUGUAUCUGGUGGAGAGUUUCCAGACUGUGGUGAUUGUUGGAGAAACAGGAUCUGGAAAAAGCACACAAAUCCCACAGUAUCUGCUGGAGGCGGGAUGGGCGGCGGACGGGAAGGUGAUCGGCGUGACUCAGCCGCGGCGAGUGGCUGCCACAUCUGUAGCCGGACGUGUGGCGGAGGAGCGGGGGGCAUAUCUGGGGCAUGAGGUGGGCUACAGCAUCCGCUUCGAUGACUGCUCUGACCCGCACGCCACACGCAUUAAGUUUCUGACAGACGGGAUGUUGGUUCGGGAGAUGAUGUCUGACCCGCUGCUGAAGAAGUACAGUGUGAUAAUUCUGGAUGAAGCUCAUGAGCGAACACUUUACACUGACAUCGCCAUCGGCCUCCUGAAGAAGAUUCAGAAGAAGCGCAGAGACCUGCGUUUGAUCGUUGCUUCAGCCACUUUGGAUGCCAAGAAAUUCCACGAUUUCUUCAACCUCAAUGAGACUGGAGACCCAAAUAAAGACACCUGUGCGAUCCUGACGGUGGAGGGCCGCACUUUCCCCGUGGAUAUUUUCUACACUGUCAGUCCUGUGCCGGACUACGUGAAGGCUACGGUGGAAACCGUGAUGAAGAUCCACGAGACGGAGGAGGAUGGAGAUGUGCUGGCCUUUCUCACUGGUCAGGAGGAGGUGGAGAAGGUGGUGUCUAUGCUCCAGGAACAGGCCCGGACUUUGUCCCGUUACGGGAUGAAGAAGCACCUGUGUGUGCUGCCCAUGUACGCGGGCCUGCCCUAUAACGAGCAGAUGAGAGUGUUCGAGAGGAUGCCCCCUACUGUCAGAAAGGUGGUGGUCGCCACCAAUAUAGCAGAGACGUCCAUCACCAUUAACGGCGUGGUGUUUGUGAUCGACUGUGCGUUUGUGAAGCUGAGGGCGUAUAAUCCACACACGGCGAUCGAGUCUCUGAUCGUCACGCCCAUCUCUAAAGCCUCGGCCUGUCAGAGAGCCGGGAGAGCUGGGAGAAACCGCGCCGGGAAGUGUUUCCGGCUCUACACAGAGGAGGACUUUGAGAAGCUGCCCGAGUCGACGGUUCCUGAGAUGCAGCGCUCGAAUCUGGCUCCGGUCAUCCUGCAGCUCAAAGCUCUGGGCAUUGACAAUGUGCUGCGGUUCAGCUUCCUGUCUCCUCCACCUGCUCAGUCCAUGGUCCAGGCCCUGGAGCUGCUCUACGCUCUCGGAGGUCUGGAUCAGUUCGGCCGUCUCACUGACCCCAUGGGGGUGCGGAUGGCCGAGUUCCCCCUCAGCCCCAUGUUUGCCAAGAUGCUGCUGGAGUCAGGAAACUUCGGCUGCUCCAAGGAGAUCGUCACUAUAGCAGCCAUGAUGCAAAUACAGAACAUUUUUGUAGCGCCGCACAACCAGAAGAAAUCAGCUGCGAGGGAGCGCAGGAAGUUUGCUGUGGCCGAGGGCGAUCAUCUCACCAUGCUGAAUGUUUAUGAGGCUUUCAUAAAGCAUCAGAAGAGCUCUCAGUGGUGUCAGGAUCAUUUCCUCCACUAUAAAGGGCUCCUGCGGGCCGUGGCUGUGCGUGAGCAGCUCAGACACCUCCUCAACAAGUUCAAGGUGCCGCGGACCUCCAGUGAAGGUGAUCCAGAUGUGAUUCUCAGAUGUAUUGUGUCUGGUUUUUUUGCGAAUGCCGCCCGAAUGCAUCACUCGGGCUCCUACAGGACUCUCCGUGAUGACCGGGAGCUCUACAUUCACCCUGAUUCAGUGCUGUAUGGAGAAAAGCCCCCGAAAUGGGUGGUCUUCAACGAGGUGGUUCAGACCAGUAAGUACUACAUGCGUGACGUGACGGCGGUGGAGUCGUCCUGGCUGGUGGAGCUGGCGCCGCACUUCUACAGACAGGCCAAGCACGGGUCUCUGAGCAGCAAACGGGCCAAAGUCUUCUGAGCGGAGCUGCACUCACACUUCAGGUCUCUGCUCAACAGCUGAACAUAGAUGCUCCUCUCAAACUAACACGCAGCUGGAAGGCAAAGGAAGGAACACUGUGGUAUUUUGUAUAUACAAGUGUAUAUGAUACAUUCAUGCGCUCAUGGUCAUCUUUGUAUUAUUUAAUAGCCAUUGGAAUAACUUGACUGUGAUUUGUUGACCGUUUGAGAUCGAGAGUAUGACUGAUAUGGAUGUACAGCUUUACAAUAUCGCACGAAGCCCUACCCUCAACAAUAACCAGAAUAAUACUAUAAUAAGCUACUUUUUACCAGUUAUUUCAAACCCUCAUCGGAGAAAUACUGUGUAGCUCAAACGUAGUGGCCUUGUAACCAUUAUGUGCCAAAUAUUAUAAAUCCGUAGAACAUUUCCUGGUGUAUAUGGAAUGUGACAUGAAUUGUAGUUACACUGUCAGCAUGAGACAAAAAAGUGCCAUUUUUUUAAUCUAAUAUAUAUAUAUAUAUAGGUCCCCAUAAAGUAGCCUUGUUAUGCACCUCUGGCCUAAAAACUGUGGUGUUAGGUGUAAUAAUUCAUUCAUAGUGUAGUAUCUCAUUUAGGAAAGAUCAGCCAUGACUUCUUCAGUGUGGUGAGUGAAGAGCACAGCCAAUGAGAGCCUCAGGGAGGAGCUUCUUUCUUAUUAAAGUUAAUGGGGUGCUAACUGUAGACAUGGCAACCCUUCUCAGGCCACGCCUCUUCUGGGCGUGGCCUUUCAUAGGAAGCUGAGGUGCCAAUCAUGUGGGUGGAGGCGGAGCCUCUGUCAUAAUGGGAUGUUUUGACAAUGUUUGUGAUGUUUUAGUUUUACUGUGACAUGUUGGAUUUUUCAAUCCCUGUAUAGUUUAUUAUAUCAAAAAAAAAAAAAACUA